AUGGCCGGGAGAACGUCAAUGCACAGGCCGACGGGGCCGGAAUCCCAUGAGCCGUUGUUGGGAGAGGAUAAACAAGCAAGUAACAGAGGUCGACCGGAGUCACCCAGUCUUCAUGGCUCAGCCAGACCAGCAGUCUCGUCGCGGAGGAGCACAUUCCGCUCACGAUCACCCUCAUACAGCCAGCCAGAGGACAUGGUACGGCGAAAAUACAUCUACGCCUCCUUCUUCCUCAUCCUCUCCCUUAUCUCGUUUGUCGUCCAGACGGAAACUGCGGUAUAUAUCCAACACGAACUGAAAUGGAACAAGGCAUACUGCAUGAUGUACUUAACACAUGGCUCUUGGAUAUUCCUCUGGCCCAUCCAACUUCUUUUUCUCCGAAUCCAGAAACGAAAACUCUCUUGGCCUGCAUUCUGGCGAAGACAUGUUUAUCUCCUCCGCUCUACGGCACAAAUGGUCCGCUCUCAAGAACUGCAUCUCUCAAAAUCCUCCAUCUCGAUCUCCCCUUGGCCAUACAUGGUCAAAGCCACCGCUUUCAUCACCACGUUUUUGACCAUGGCUGGAGGAUCAUGGUAUGUUGCUGUCAAUUUAACCUCGCCGUCCGACCUCACCGCAAUCUACAAUUGCUCUGCCUUCUUCGCCUACGUCUUUUCCAUCAUGCUCCUCAACGACAGACUCCGCUUUGACAAGGCUCUCUCGGUCGCACUCGCCAUAAUCGGCGUCUUCGUUGUCGCAUAUGGGGACAAAGAUGAUACAACCCCAGGGCCGGAAACAUCAAACCCUGGUGCUGAAAAGGGGUUUGGCACGAAGCUUUUGGGAAACAUUAUAAUUGGCAUCGGCUCGGUGGCGUAUGGUUUUUACGAAGUUCUCUAUAAACGCUUCGCCUGUCCUCCUGAGGGCACUUCGCCGGGAAGGGGGAUGAUUUUCGCAAAUACAUUUGGCAGCAUGGUUGGAUUUUUCACAUUGACAGUUCUCUGGAUCCCUCUCCCCAUCCUGCAUUGGACCGGUCUGGAGAAAUUUGAGAUUCCCAGCGGCCAAGCAGCCAGCUUACUGGCCAUCUCCACCCUUUCCAACGCCGUCUUCUCCGGCUCCUUCCUCGUCCUCAUGUCCCUCACCUCUCCGGUCUUGAGCUCCGUUGCCGCACUGCUCACGAUCUUUUUAGUGGGCAUCACCGAUUGGAUCGUCACCGGGAAGCCACUCAGCGCUGCAGCACUCGCUGGCUGCGCCUUGAUUAUCGUGGCGUUUGUGAUGUUAAGUUGGGCGACAUAUCGGGAGAUGAGAGAAGAGCAGCUGAGAAGGGAGGAAGAGGAAGAGGAUAAAGUCUUCGAUGACGAUGAGGAGGAGGAGGAGGAAGCUGAUGAACAGCGAGUGUCGAGUAAUAGAAGGAGGGCCAGCUGA